CUCCCGGGAGGAGCGUGGAGCGGCGGCGGCGGCGACGGCAGUAGAAAUGAUGGAAGAAUUGCAUAGCCUGGACCCACGACGGCAGAAAUUAUUGGAGGCCAGGUUUACUGGAGUAGGUGUUAGUAAGGGACCACUUAAUAGUGAGUCUUCCAACCAGAGCUUGUGCAGCGUCGGAUCCUUGAGUGAUAAAGAAGUAGAGACUCCCGAGAAAAAGCAGAAUGACCAGCGAAAUCGGAAAAGAAAAGGUGAACCAUAUGAAACUAGCCAAGGGAAAGGCACUCCUAGGGGACAUAAAAUUAGUGAUUACUUUGAGUUUGCUGGGGGAAGCGGGCCAGGAACCAGCCCUGGCAGAAGUGUUCCACCAGUUGCACGAUCCUCACCGAAACAUUCCUUAUCCAGUCCCUUACCGCGACGAGUAGAACAGCCCCUCUAUGGUUUAGAUGGCAGUGCUGCAAAGGAGGCAACGGAGGAGCAGUCUGCUCUGCCAACCCUCAUGUCAGUGAUGCUAGCAAAACCUCGGCUUGACACAGAGCAGCUGGCGCAAAGGGGAGCUGGCCUCUGCUUCACUUUUGUUUCAGCUCAGCAAAACAGUCCCUCAUCUACGGGAUCUGGCAACACAGAGCAUUCCUGCAGCUCCCAAAAACAGAUCUCCAUCCAGCACAGACAGACCCAGUCCGACCUCACAAUAGAAAAAAUAUCUGCACUAGAAAACAGUAAGAAUUCUGACUUAGAGAAGAAGGAGGGAAGAAUAGAUGAUUUAUUAAGAGCCAACUGUGAUUUGAGACGGCAGAUUGAUGAACAGCAAAAGAUGCUAGAGAAAUACAAGGAACGAUUAAAUAGAUGUGUGACAAUGAGCAAGAAACUCCUUAUAGAAAAGUCAAAACAAGAGAAGAUGGCGUGUAGAGAUAAGAGCAUGCAAGACCGCUUGAGACUGGGCCACUUUACUACUGUCCGACACGGAGCCUCAUUUACUGAACAGUGGACAGAUGGUUAUGCUUUUCAGAAUCUUAUCAAGCAACAGGAAAGGAUAAAUUCACAGAGGGAAGAGAUAGAAAGACAACGGAAAAUGUUAGCAAAGCGGAAACCUCCUGCCAUGGGUCAGGCCCCUCCUGCAACCAAUGAGCAGAAACAGCGGAAAAGCAAGACCAAUGGAGCUGAAAAUGAAACGUUAACGUUAGCAGAAUACCAUGAACAAGAAGAAAUCUUCAAACUCAGAUUAGGUCAUCUUAAAAAGGAGGAAGCAGAGAUCCAGGCAGAGCUGGAGAGGCUAGAAAGGGUUAGAAAGCUACAUAUCAGGGAACUAAAAAGGAUACAUAAAGAAGAUAACUCACAAUUUAAAUAUCAUCCAACGCUAAGUGACAGAUAUUUGUUGUUACAUCUUUUGGGUAGAGGAGGUUUCAGUGAAGUUUACAAGGCAUUUGAUCUAACAGAGCAAAGAUACGUAGCGGUGAAAAUUCACCAGUUAAAUAAAAACUGGAGAGAUGAGAAAAAGGAGAAUUACCACAAGCAUGCAUGUAGGGAAUACCGGAUUCAUAAAGAGCUGGAUCAUCCCAGAAUAGUUAAGCUGUAUGAUUACUUUUCACUGGAUACUGACUCGUUUUGUACAGUAUUAGAAUACUGUGAGGGAAAUGAUCUGGACUUCUACCUGAAACAGCACAAAUUAAUGUCGGAGAAAGAGGCCCGGUCCAUUAUCAUGCAGACUGUGAAUGCUUUAAAGUACUUAAAUGAAAUAAAACCUCCCAUCAUACACUAUGACCUCAAACCAGGUAAUAUUCUUUUAGUAAAUGGUACAGCAUGUGGAGAGAUAAAAAUUACAGAUUUUGGUCUUUCGAAGAUCAUGGAUGAUGAUAGCUACAAUUCAGUGGAUGGCAUGGAGCUAACAUCACAAGGUGCUGGUACUUAUUGGUAUUUACCACCAGAGUGUUUUGUGGUUGGGAAAGAACCACCAAAGAUCUCAAAUAAAGUUGAUGUGUGGUCGGUGGGCAUGAUCUUCUAUCAGUGUCUUUAUGGAAGGAAGACUUUUGGCCAUAACCAGUCUCAGCAAGACAUCCUACAAGAGAAUACGAUUCUUAAAGCUACUGAAGUGCAGUUCCCACCAAAGCCAGUAGUAACACCUGAAGCAAAGGCAUUGAUUCGACGAUGCUUGGCCUACCGAAAGGAGGACCGCAUUGAUGUCCAGCAGCUGGCCUGUGAUCCCUACUUGUUGCCUCACAUCCGAAAGUCAGUCUCUACGAGUAGCCCUGCUGGAGCUGCUAUUGCAUCAACCUCUGGGGCGUCCAAUAACAGUUCUUCUAAUUGAGACUGACUCCAAGGCCACAAACUGUUCAACACACACAAAGUGGACAAAUGGCAUUCAGCAGCGGGUUUGGAACAUAGCGAAUCCGAAUGGAUCGGAUGAAACCUGUACCAGGUGCUUUUAUUUUCUUGCUUUUUUCCCAUCCAUAGAGCAUGACAGCAUCGAUUCUCAUUGAGGAGAAACCUUGGGCAGCUCCGGCCAGGCCUUGUAGGAAAAGGCCCUGCCCGAGGUUCCAGCGUCAACGGCCACUGUGUGUGGCUGCUCUGAGUGAGGAAAAAAUUAAAAAUAAAAACUGGUUCAAAUAAAAACUGGUUCCAUGUACUGUGAACUUGAAAACAUGCAGACUCAGGGGGGUCCCUGAUGCAGUGCUUCAGAUGAAGAAUGUGGACUUGAAAAUACAGACUGGGCUAGUCCAGUGUCUAUAUUUAAACUUGUUAUUUUCUUUUAAUAAAGUUUAGGUAACAUCUCCUGAAAA